AUGGAGGGCCGAUACCCAGACCUGAGGAUCCGAUUCCGACCGGGCCAUGUGCAAGUGGUGCAGGCAGAUGUUUUUUUCCCUAAUCGAAGGGCACUGAUAACUGGAGCAACUGGUCUGCUGGGCCGUGCUGUAUACAGGGAGUUCAAGGACAACAACUGGCGUGUUUUAGGAUGUGGCUAUAGCCGGGCACGGCCUCGCUUUGAGUAUCUUAAUUUACUAGAUACAUCUGCUGUGAAAGAGUUUAUCUGCGAAUUCAAGCCACAUGUGAUUGUUCAUUGUGCAGCAGAAAGAAGGCCAGAUAUUGUUGAGAAUCAUCCUGAGUCUGCCACCAAGCUGAAUGUGGAGGCAUCUUCAAAUCUUGCCAAAGUAGCAGCUGCAGCUGGAGCAUUCCUGAUCUACAUUAGUUCAGACUAUGUCUUUGAUGGAUCAAAUCCCCCGUACAGAGUGGAUUCUGUGCCAAAUCCUCUGAACUUGUAUGGUAAAACCAAACUAGAAGGAGAGCGUGUUAUCCUGCAGAACAGUGAUAACGCUGCUGUGCUCAGAGUUCCUGUGUUAUAUGGGGAUGUGGAGAAACUAGAGGAGAGCGCAGUUACAAUUAUGUUUGACAAGGUGCAGUUCAGCAACAAAUCUGCUAAUAUGGACCACUGGCAACAGAGAUUUCCCACCUAUGUCAAGGAUGUAGCCAGUGUCUGCUUACAGUUAACUGAGAGAAAAAUGCAGGAACCUUCUCUGAUAAAGGGAAUUUAUCAAUGGUCGGGGAAUGAACAAAUGACAAAGUAUGAAAUGGCUUGUGCUAUGGCUGAUGCUUUCAAUCUCCCCAGCAGUCAUUUGAGACCAAUCACAGAUGAACCUGUUGGUGCAACUCCUCGACCUUGGAACCCACGACUAGAUUGCUCCAAGCUGGAGGAGCUUGGCAUUGGACAGAGGACACCAUUUAGAGUUGCCAUUAGAGAAUCAUUGUGGCCAUUUUUAGUGGAGAAGAAAACACGGCAAACAGUCUUCCAUUAG